AUGAACACUCGAAUAAAUGGUAACGAGCGCCUCACUAAGCAAACAUUGCUAUCACAGAUCGCGGCAAUCUUUGAUCCACUUGGACUGUUGGGACCAAUCAUUGUUAAAGCCAAGAUUGUUAUGCAACUGCUCUGGCAGCUGAAGCUUGAAUGGGAUGAGACAGUGCCCAUGGAUAUAUUUACAUUAUGGAACGAAUAUAAGACACAACUUAAUUCCAUAAAUGGUUUUAGUUUUCCGAGAAGAAUAAUGCUUGGUGAUUCCGACCUACAACUACAUGGAUUCUGCGAUGCAAGUGAGAAGGCCUUUGGCGCAUGCAUAUAUCUGCGUUCAACCAGUCAAACGGGAGAUCGAAUGGUGAGGCUAGUGUGUGCCAAAUCUAGAGUGGCUCCUUUAAAAAAGGUUUCUCUGCCGAGGUUGGAGUUGUGUGCCGCAGUCUUACUCGCUAAUUUAUAUAAGGUUACCAGUGGCUCACUGAAACGAGAUUUUAGGAGUAUACAUUUUUGGUCGGAUUCCACCAUUGCGAUUCAUUGGAUACAUUCAUCGCCUCACAGACUAAAGACGUUUGUGGCAAAUAGAGUAGCACAAAUACAGACUACUACGGAGAAGUCAUAUUGGAGGUAUGCUCCGUCUCAACAGAAUCCUGCUGAUCCAUUGUCACGUGGACAAAUGCCUGAAGCAUUUGCGCAGAACCAACUGUGGAAAAAUGGACCGGAUUGGUUGAUGGCGGAUGAAGAUGAAUGGCCCGCAAACUUGGUUGAAGAAAUUGUAGUGCCGGAGCAGCGAUCAACUGUUAACUUGCAAACUGCUAUAUCGGCUGAUUUUGUUGAGAGAUUUUCAUCAGUAUUCCUAUUAACAAGAGUAAUAGCAUAUUGCCUGCGCUUCGUACACAACUGUCGCAAGAAAGAGAAACGAACAGGAUCUAUCACAACAGAAGAACUGCGGGAAGCAACGAAUUGCGUGAUUCUGGCGGUACAAGCGAACGCUUUCGCUAAUGAAUUGUAUAAUUUGCGUCACGGCAGACCUCUGCACUCAAAAAGUAGAAUUUUGGCAUUGAAUCCGUUUAUAGAUAACGUGGGAAUAUUGCGAGUGGGCGGAAGACUUCAAAAUGCUGAUAUGAGAUAUGCUCGGAAGCAUCCCAUAUUACUUCCCAAUAAUAAUCAUUUUACUAAAUUAAUUUUUAAAUAUGUCCAUAUUAGUAAUUAUCAUUGUGGUGUUCAAGCUACAUUAUACGCUGUUAGACAGAAUUAUUGGGCAGUUAGAGGAAAGGACAUUGCUAAGUAUACUGUUCGUACUUGUAUGAGAUGCUUUCGAUUUGCAGCACCCGCACCAAAGUAUCAAAUGGGAAAUUUACCGAUGGAUAGAGUAGUGAGCGAUCACCCGUUCGAGAAGGUUGGUGUCGACUAUUGUGGCCCUUUUUAUAUAAAGGAGAAGCGUUAUAGAAAUAAAAAUAAAAUCAAGGUUUAUGUGGCCGUAUAUAUUUGCUUUGCUACGAAGGCUGUUCAUUUGGAGGUCGUUUUUGAUUUAACUACAGAAGCGUUUAUUGCCAGUUUGCGACGAUUUUUUGCCAGGCGUGGGAAGGCCGGAAUAAUUUAUUCUGAUAAUGCGACUAACUUUACCGGAGCAAAUAAUGAACUAAAAGAUUUGCAUAAAUUAUACAAUUCAAAGGAACAUAUUGAUAACCUUCAGCGGUUUUGUGUCGACAGGGGAGUCAAAUGGAAUUUUAUACCGCCACGUUCACCGCAUUUUGGCGGAUUAUGGGAGGCCGCGGUGAAAGGAUUUAAGCAUCACAUGCGUCGAACACUCGGUGAAACAUUAUUUACAUUUGAAGAAUUUAACACAUUUGUAAUUGAAAUAGAAGGUGUAUUGAAUUCGCGACCGCUCACUGCUCUGUCCUCGGAUCCAAAUGAUUGCUUGGCUUUGACGCCUGCACAUUUUUUGAUAGAAACGUCGUUGUCAGAUAUUCCUGAAGUCGAUCUCACGGAUGUGCCUACUAACAGAUUGUCUAUAUGGAAACACAUACAAAAAAUUAAGCAAAACUUUUGGCGUCGCUGGAGCAAGGAGUAUUUAAACGAGCUGCAACAGCGAACCAAGUGGUUGAAUUCACACGCUUCAUGUAUUAAACCAGGAAUCUUGGUUCUUAUUAAAGAUGACAACACUGCUCCUUUGCAAUGGUCGAUGGGCAGGAUAGUGGCCGUGCAUCCGGGAGACGAUAACAUUGUGAGAGUGGUUACCGUAAAGACUCAGAAUGGUACAUAUAAGCGAAAUGUAAGAGCUCUUGCUCCGCUACCCAUUGAAUAA